GUUGGAGUGGGGUAGCACUCGCGGCCAUCUUCCUGUAUUCUUGCGCUUAAACUAGUUGGCAGAUCUCUUCCGAAUUUAGAAAGAGUUACAGUAUCUAUCGUUUGUCGUGAAAUUCUUUUUCUAUUCGAAGGUAGCAGUUGAUACAGAAAGGAGUUCAGUUGAGAGUCGAUAAAAUUUAGAUCGGUGGGACUAUUUUCUUCGGAGGGGGCGGAUGAGGCAGCCAUGUUGGGUGUCAGCGGCGAACAGUGACGGCAUUCGCUUUGCGUCAGUCGGUUGUGUGUGCGGAUGACUGAAUUGAGAUUUUCGGGGUGAAAAACGCAGGAAAUAACCAAGCCGCUGUGAACAGAUCAUUGUAUACGGUCGCGCGAAUAUCCCCAGAGAGAAUCACGGCUCAAAGAUAUUCGGAAAGCGCGAAGAGUGACUACGAAAAUGACGCAGCUACUGCCCAUAAGGUUUCAGGAACAUCUCCAGCUUACAGCUGUGGGAAUCAAUGCGAGCAAUGUUGGCUUCAACUCCCUUACGAUGGAGUCUGAUAAAUUUAUCUGUGUUCGAGAAAAAGUUGGGGAUACAUCUCAAGUUGUUAUCAUUGACAUGAAUGACUCCGCCAACCCCAUUAGAAGACCUAUUUCCGCCGAUUCAGCAAUUAUGAAUCCAGCUAGUAAAGUCAUUGCUCUCAAAGCUCAAAAGACUCUUCAAAUAUUUAACAUCGAAAUGAAGUCCAAAAUGAAAGCUCACACAAUGACAGAGGAUGUCGUAUUUUGGAAAUGGAUUUCAUUGAAUACUUUGGCUUUGGUAACCGAGACUGCAGUUUAUCAUUGGUCCAUGGAGGGUGAUUCUACACCACAUAAAAUGUUUGAUCGUCACUCAUCACUGAAUGGCUGUCAAAUUAUAAACUAUCGAACGGAUCCUAAGCAAACGUGGCUUCUGCUGAUUGGUAUUUCGGCGCAACACAAUAGAGUAGUCGGAGCAAUGCAACUAUAUUCCGUAGAACGAAAAUGUUCCCAGCCAAUUGAAGGGCACGCUGCAUCGUUUGCGCAAUUCAAAAUGGAAGGAAACGCAGAACCAAGUAAUCUAUUCUGUUUCGCCGUGAGAACAGUCCAAGGCGCUAAGCUUCACAUCAUUGAAGUUGGACAGCCCCCUGCCGGAAAUCAACCAUUCCCCAAAAAAGCAGUCGAUGUAUUCUUUCCCCAGGAAGCAGGAAAUGAUUUUCCAGUUGCCAUGCAAGUCAGCUCGAAAUACGAUGUCAUAUAUUUAAUUACGAAAUACGGUUACAUACACAUGUACGACAUUGAGUCAGCGACCUGCAUAUUCAUGAACCGGAUCUCUGGAGAGACGAUCUUUGUCACUGCACCUCACGAGGCUUCCGGUGGUAUUAUUGGCGUUAAUCGCAAGGGCCAAGUUCUAUCUGUAUCGGUCGAGGAAGAGAAUAUAAUUCCUUACAUCAAUGGGGUCUUACAAAAUCCUGAGCUGGCUCUGCGUAUGGCCGUGAGGAAUAAUCUUUCCGGUGCUGAAGAUCUGUUCAUGAGGAAAUUCAAUAUGCUUUUCCAAAAUGGCCAAUAUGCAGAAGCAGCUAAAGUCGCCGCGAAUGCUCCAAAAGGAAUAUUGAGAACUCCGGCAACUAUCCAACGUUUCCAGCAAGUCCCUACAACGCAAGGACAGUCAUCUCCGUUACUUCAAUAUUUCGGUAUCCUCUUAGACCAGGGUCAAUUGAAUAAAUAUGAAUCGUUGGAAUUGUGUCGUCCUGUCUUGGUUCAAGGCCGUAAGCAGCUUCUUGAAAAGUGGCUGAAGGAAGACAAACUUGAGUGCAGCGAAGAACUAGGUGAUUUGGUGAAGCAAGCCGACCCCACUUUGGCUCUCAGUGUCUAUUUGCGAGCUAAUGUACCCAAUAAGGUCAUUCAGUGCUUCGCGGAGACUGGCCAGUUCCAAAAGAUCGUUCUUUAUGCCAAAAAAGUCUCCUAUACGCCUGACUAUAUCUUCCUCUUGAGAAAUGUCAUGAGAAUCAAUCCUGAUCAAGGCGUGGCUUUUGCUCAGAUGCUUGUACAGGACGAUGAACCCCUGGCUGACAUUAAUCAAAUCGUAGACAUCUUCAUGGAACAGAAUAUGGUGCAACAAUGUACGGCGUUCUUGCUCGAUGCUCUUAAAAAUAAUCGUGCGAGCGAAGGUGCCUUGCAGACACGUCUCUUGGAAAUGAAUCUAAUGUCCGCUCCUCAGGUAGCCGAUGCUAUCUUAGGCAAUCAAAUGUUCACUCAUUACGACAGGGCCCACGUUGCCCAACUUUGUGAGAAAGCUGGCCUGUUACAACGAGCCCUGGAACAUUACACGGACUUGUACGACAUCAAGAGGGCGGUUGUUCACACACACUUGCUUUCACCCGACUGGCUCGUCGGAUUUUUCGGCACACUGUCCGUUGAAGAUUCUCUUGAAUGUCUCAAAGCAAUGCUUACUGCGAACAUCCGACAGAAUCUCCAAAUUUGCGUCCAGAUAGCAACGAAAUAUCACGAGCAAUUGACUACUAAAGCUCUCAUAGAUCUAUUUGAAAGCUUCAAAUCGUACGAGGGUCUCUUCUAUUUCCUGGGAUCUAUUGUGAACUUCAGCCAGGAUCAAGAAGUUCACUUUAAAUAUAUCCAAGCUGCGUGUAAAACCGGUCAGAUCAAGGAGGUCGAAAGAAUCUGUCGUGAAAGCAAUUGCUACAACCCUGAACGCGUUAAGAAUUUCCUGAAGGAGGCCAAAUUAUCUGAUCAAUUGCCACUGAUUAUUGUUUGCGACCGAUUCGACUUUGUUCAUGAUCUUGUUCUGUAUCUUUAUCGGAAUAACUUACAGAAGUACAUUGAGAUUUACGUUCAAAAGGUGAAUCCGUCACGUCUACCUGUUGUAAUCGGAGGUUUAUUGGACGUCGAUUGUUCUGAAGAUAUAAUAAAAAAUCUGAUUCUCGUUGUACGAGGACAAUUCUCUACCGAUGAACUGGUAGAAGAAGUCGAGAAGCGCAAUCGCCUUAAACUUCUUCUUCCUUGGUUGGAGUCGCGCGUACAUGAAGGUUGUGUGGAACCGGCAACUCACAAUGCUCUCGCCAAGAUCUAUAUCGAUAGCAAUAAUAAUCCUGAGAGAUUCCUCAAGGAGAAUCAGUUCUACGACAGUAGAGUGGUUGGAAAGUAUUGCGAAAAGCGGGAUCCACAUUUAGCUUGUAUCGCUUAUGAGCGCGGCCAAUGCGACAGGGAGUUGAUUAGUGUUUGCAAUGAAAACAGCCUUUUCAAGAGUGAGGCAAGAUAUUUGGUCAGACGUCGAGAUCCUGAUCUGUGGGCUGAAGUCCUCCUUGAAAGCAAUCCUUACAAGAGACCACUAAUUGAUCAGGUGGUCCAAACGGCGUUAUCGGAAACUCAAGAUCCUGAAGAUAUAUCCGUGACCGUAAAAGCUUUCAUGACGGCAGAUUUACCUAACGAGUUGAUUGAACUUCUCGAGAAGAUCGUGUUGGACAGCAGCGUCUUUAGCGAUCAUCGCAAUUUGCAAAAUCUUCUUAUCCUUACGGCGAUUAAGGCUGACCGUACGCGUGUCAUGGAGUACAUUAAUCGCUUGGACAAUUACGAUGCUCCUGACAUUGCCAACAUUGCAAUCAAUAAUGAACUUUACGAGGAAGCCUUCGCGAUAUUCAAGAAAUUUGAUGUGAAUACGUCCGCCAUUCAGGUUCUCAUCGAGCAGGUUAAUAACCUAGAUAGAGCGUAUGAGUUUGCUGAAAGAUGUAAUGAGCCAGCUGUUUGGUCGCAACUAGCACGAGCACAGCUGCAGCAAGGAUUAGUCAAGGAGGCAAUUGACAGCUUCAUUAAGGCGGACGAUCCAUCCGCAUACGUCGAUGUCGUGGAAACAGCCCAUCGCACCUCCCACUGGGAAGAUCUGGUGCGCUACUUGCAGAUGGCCCGCAAAAAGGCACGCGAAUCCUUUGUUGAAAGCGAGCUUAUUUAUGCUUACGCGCGCACUAGCAGACUCGCCGACCUGGAAGAAUUCAUCUCGGGCCCGAACCAUGCCGAUAUACAGAAGAUCGGCGAUCGAUGUUUCGAUGACAAAAUGUACGAUGCAGCGAAGCUGUUGUACAACAACGUGUCAAACUUUGCCCGAUUGGCAAUAACAUUGGUUCAUCUGAAGGAGUUCCAAGGUGCCGUAGACAGCGCCCGUAAAGCAAAUUCAACGCGUACCUGGAAGGAGGUCUGCUUUGCUUGCGUCGACAGCGGCGAAUUUCGAUUGGCGCAAAUGUGUGGCUUGCAUAUAGUUGUGCAUGCGGAUGAGCUCGAGGAUUUGAUAAAUUAUUAUCAAGAUAGAGGACACUUCGAGGAGUUGAUCAAUCUCUUAGAGGCGGCUUUGGGUCUUGAAAGAGCCCACAUGGGCAUGUUCACGGAGUUGGCUAUUCUUUAUAGCAAGUAUAAGCCACAGCGAAUGCGUGAACAUCUUGAACUGUUUUGGUCUCGCGUCAACAUUCCCAAGGUGCUACGCGCAGCCGAGCAGGCACAUCUCUGGGCCGAGCUGGUAUUCCUCUAUGACAAAUAUGAAGAAUAUGACAACGCGGUACUUGCAAUGAUGCAACAUCCCACAGAAGCUUGGCGCGAAGGCCACUUCAAGGACGUCAUCACUAAAGUAGCAAACGUCGAACUCUACUACAAGGCAAUACAAUUCUACGUCGAAUAUAAGCCACUGCUGCUGAACGACAUACUACUGGUACUCGCACCCAGGAUGGAUCACACAAGAUCAGUAGCAUACUUCACGCGAACUGGUCAUCUUCAACUAGUGAAACCUUAUCUGAGAUCGGUUCAGGCAUUGAACAACAAGGCUAUCAAUGAAGCCCUCAACGGUCUCCUUAUUGAUGAGGAAGACUACCAAGGUCUGCGAACGUCGAUAGACGCCUUUGACAACUUUGACAACAUCGCCCUAGCUCAGCAAUUAGAAAAGCACGAGCUUAUCGAGUUCAGACGAAUUGCCGCUUAUCUCUAUAAAGGAAAUAACAGAUGGAAGCAGUCUGUGGAACUCUGUAAAAAGGAUCGGCUCUUCCGGGAUGCUAUGGAAUAUGCAGCAGAAUCUCGAAACGCUGAAGUUGCUGAAGAAUUGCUGGAAUGGUUCCUUGAAAGAGGAUCAAAGGAUUGCUUUGCUGCAUGUCUCUUCCACUGUUAUGAUCUACUUCAUCCUGACGUCAUUCUCGAGCUCGCCUGGAGACAUCGUAUCCUUCAUUUCGCAAUGCCCUAUCUCAUUCAAGUGGCUCGCGAAUAUAUCACCAAGGUGGAUAAACUCGAAGAAGCGGAAAGUCGAAGAGUUGAGGAAACCGAUCACGAGGAACAUAAGCCUAUGAUAAUGCCUGAGCCACAGUUAAUGUUGACUGCCGGUCCAGGAAUGAUGGCACCAGGAUACGCGCCACAAGUAUAUGCUGCACCUACUCAAGGCGUUUACGCACCUGCUGCGGCAGCCUAUCAGGGUUAUAGCAUGUGAGGCACGCUCUAUGACACAUUCGACUAUAAUGAUCAACGAUAUUUACUUUUCUAUAAGAUGUAACUAGAACGAGAUUAUGCCGUUAGUUCAUAGUCAUAAUCAACUGUCGAAAAGAAUUUCGUCAAUGAGCAGACAUCGAUAUGCCUUGACCGUUCUGCAAGAAACCGAAUACGAAAUAGAACAAAGUUAUCGCAUGUUGCGAGUAUCGUUGGCUUGUUAAUAAAAAUAAUCCGUCGACGAAGAAACGACGGCAAGAAAAUGUAGCAAAAGGGAAACACGUUCUUUCGAAUUUAAUUUUGGAAAGAUCAGCUACGACGCAUGGGCUCGAUCAUGCAAACGGUGUUGCGUGGCUGGAAAGUGUGUAUCGUAGUUAUUGGGAAACAAAUUCGCAUUCUAAUCCAGGAGGUUCUGAUAAAUUAACAAAUGACAGAUAUAUAAUCUUGCACGAUAUUGGAUGUAAGGGCUCAUUCGAUAUUUUGCGUUUGGAUGCAAUACAUUUUCGACAUUUGACUGUGUCACGGAAAUACACGUAAAGCAGUUGCGACAAGCUUUGAAGACGAGCGUGUACUGAGAAUAAACCGGAGAAGAAGUCCACAUUGCGCGCGCAUCAUUGUAUCGGCACUAUAGACAAAAAAAAAAUGGGCCUCUAAUAACGUUUGUCAACGAAUCAAACGUUUUCUUUUCUUUGGUUUCCUUUUCUGUAACUGCAUCGCUCUGACGCGAAUUAUAUCCUAUAAUUAUUCGAGACUCGAUCGUCUUUACGCAUUGUUGUUCUUGUAACAAAUUGUCCUUACUCUAAUUUGUCUAGCCAACGUAUUAAUGCGUGAGAAUAGACUUUUCUGUUUCUUUUUGUCUUUCACUCAAUCGAUAUUGAUUUCGUCAAUCUUCAUUUAAGACGUUUUUAACGUCGUCGUCUCAGAAUCUAAUCUAAAUUAAGUGGUCGGACGUGCAGAUGAAAAAAAGAGGCCAAUUUCAUUUCUCACGAACAUGCCCCCUCCCCCCACACAUGAAUUACGCAUUAGGAGUGUAAUCUGUCACGCGUAAGAAUUUGCGUCAGAGAAGUGUUUUUUCUGUUUUAAUUAUUUACCUAUGCAGUAAACUCGAUAGUGCAUUAGUUAGUGUAUACAUAUUUGCGUACCUACAUAACUAACCUAUUAUUGAUCCCCCCUCAAUCACUAUCGAGAGUGCAGAACGAAAGUGACCGGGGUGGAACUAUAGGAAUUUGCGUUUGUUUAUCGAUGCGGAUAUUGUUUAACCAAGAAGCAUAGUUGCUCCGCGUAAUUCUAUUAUUUGUAAUUUUUUCAUGCGCGAGAGGACGGAACAAUAUUAUUAAGUACUUUUGUUAUGAGAGCUUUCUUUCAUACCAAUUUAUUGAAAUCAAAGUGAUCGAUGGUCGAGUGAUGUGGCCGCCUUCGUUCGGUGCUUCCGAAUCAUCGGUAGCUUAGCUAUAACCGUUAGUUAAAAAAAGAGUGUUAAAUUAGGCGGUGUGCGUGCGUCAGGAUACAUACGACAUUCCCCAUGAAAGAAAAAAAAGAGUUGCAGUUGCAUCCCCCCCACACACAAAAUCAAAUCUUGAAACUAAAUUAAAUUUCAUUCGUAAUUUUCAUCUUAAACCGAAUUGAGACCGGAUCUUACCGCAUGUUGUUAUUGUAUUGAUAUCAUGAUUAUUUGAAUAUUAUGAAUUAAAGUAAUUAUUAUUAAUAUUAUUAAAUAUUGGAAAAACAAACAUAUAAUAAACUUAUACAUAAAAAGCAGUAGUAUAAUAAUAUAAUUGUGUAUUGUAAAUAUAUAAUUAUAUUACUAUAUGUUAUAUUGGUAAUUAAUGUAACAUGUAAGUAGUAGCAUAUACCAUAAAAAUACGAACGUCUCGUAUUAACAAAUGAAGGAAAUAAAUAAGUGAUACAAAAAAUAAUUAAUUGAAUUGGUUGGCUGAUGUGGAACAGAGUCAUAUUAUGUUUUUGCUGUAAAAUGUAAACGAAUAUGCCGCGAUGCUAUAUAUAGUUUGAAAUAAACGAGAGCCUGUUUGACGAAA